AUGAACAUGCCGUCAGUCUUCACAGCAAGCACAAAAGUAACCAUUCUCUUCCUUGGCUGGACCACCUCCUCUACGCUCUCAUACCUCUUCACUCUAAUAUUCCUCUUCCUUCUCGCCAUUACCAACCGUUUCCUCGCAGCACUGAAAUCCCAACUCGAACGAUCCUGGAACCGACCGUCGCAAUCCGCAGUUCCAACUCUACAACCUGCUCCUCGACGUGCCCGGCCCGCAAAAGACAGACAGAGCCCACUACCAAAAUACAUGGAAAUGAGCCCAGGAGAGGGUAUCGAAGACAACACCUGCCCUCGAGACACAGACCUCAAAGAGGAAGAUAAUCCUACCUCCGGACUACUUGGAAGGGCCAAGAUUGGAUCUCUACGUCGUAAAAUCGGCCCGUGGCACGCUAAUAGGUCCUGGAGACUCUAUCAAGAUGGGAUCUCCUCUGUGUUGGAGCUGUGUAAGGCGGUGAUUGGGAUGCUCUCCGUCAUGACGCUGAAUAUCGGUGUGUUCUGUGCUGUUCUCACGGGGAUUCUAGUGGUCCAGGCCAAGGGACCGUUUCUACAUAAACUCAAUGAAACGACGCAUAUUAUCGGCAACGACUUGUGGAAUGUAACUAUCGGACACCAAUACGGAGUGAAACUAUUCUACAGGGAGACAGACCUUGUCGGCAACGCAUGGGGAUACUACGUCAGCUACAACGGUGCACAAUCCAACCUCAAUUGGACCUCGGCAUCCAUCCACCAUCGUGGUACCAAUUACGCUGAUAUUAAACUCACCGCUGCCGAAGGCGACUUCCACUGGGUGAUUUUCAAUCACCUAGCAGGCGCAUAUCAAACUUCUGAAUAUGCGAGUUCCACCAAGGUCCAAGAUGAGACAUGGCAGCGCGAAGAUGGUUCUUACAUCACAAAAUAUGAUUUCUCAGCGUAUAUCCGAGACCUGGAUUUCUAUGGGGUUUACGGCGACCAAUUCGGAUCAUGGUAUAUCAAUCCCGGAAAAGACUACUAUAACGGAAAUCAUCUGAAGCAGGAGUUGACUGUGCAUCGGGAGAGCGCUACAGGGGACGCGGUGCAGCUGAAUAUGAUUCACAAGGCGCACUUUCAGACGUCGUCCGUGGAUAACAUUCCAGAUGGGAAGUUAUUGGGCCCUUGGUUGUGGUAUAUGAAUAACGGGUCGAAAUCUGACGCUGCAGAGCAAACAAAGCAGGAGUUCCAAUCCUGGCCAUACAAAUUGUUCCAGGACAAAUCAUACCACUCCCACGGCUCUGUAUCUAAUAAUCUUAUCCUUUCCGAUGCGCUGGACAUGGGAUCAGAUUAUUAUUACACAGGUAAAACGGACAACCAGGGGAGUUUCACUUUUAGACACGUUCGCUGCGGGAAAUACAGUUUGCAGGCCUGGUCCGAUGGGGGACGCAUUGCCGACGUGACGGCUAGCUUCCAUGAUGGCGUGAGUGUACAGCAAAAGAAACAGACACAACUAGGGAGAUUAGAAUGGAAGAUAUCCUCUCGAAAGAAGAUAUUUCACAUCGGAGGCUUCGAUCAGAAAUCUCUCGGAUUCAAGCACGGCGGGAAUCCUUACCAGCAUGCACUUGUGGAAAAAUGUCCGGCGAAUUUAACUUACACCUUUGGGGAGAGCAAGACGUCCGAUUGGUGCUUCACACAGUCGGCUAAAGGGUCUUGGACUAUUCACUUUACUGUCGAUGAGAAGACUAUAAAGAAACCUGCUUUGUUGACGGUUUCCUGGCGGGAUACUCCUCCGGAACGACAUCUCAGGUCUUACUUAAUGGAGACGCAGAUAGUCCGAUUGGAAACUUUACCACGUUACUGA